AAAGACUUGAACCGUCCGGGAUGGAUCAGCUCGCCUUUAAUAUGUUUCUGUUUCUGCUCUCUUUCAUCGGUUGCUGUGCGGGGCAGUCCAUCCUGCCGGAUGGUCCAGUGGACGUAAUUUUGGGGAGAAAUGUGACUUUAAAGACCCUGGUUGACAAGCCAGAUUUCGCCUUUAUGAUCUGGAAUUUCAACAACGAGAAGGAUCAGGUUCAUGUCGCUACCAGGAGUCCAACAGGGAUAAAGGUGAACAAACCUUACGAGGGAAGAGUGGCGGUGAACGAGACCAACGGCUUCUUGACCCUGACAUUCCUAACCUCUGCGGACAGUGGGGAUUUCAGCCUCAACAUAAUAUCCUCUGACGGUGGCACUAAAACCGGAGAGAUAAAUCUCAGAGUCCUGGAGCCGGUGUCUGAUGUGGUCAUUACGUCCGACCUGUCAGAGGCGAUUGAGCACAACAGCACCGUGGUUCUGACCUGCUCUGCUAAAGGCUCCUUCCUAAAGUUCGCCUGGUUCAAGGGGGCAACGGCCAUCGUGGCCGACGACAAACGGUUCAUACUGAAAGAGGAGGAACUGUCCAGUACUCUGACCAUCAAUGGUGUUCUCAGGACAGACCUGUCUGGUCAAAUCUACUGCACAGCCACUAAUGUACUGGAGAAGGAUAAGAGCGCUGCCUUCAACCUCCCUGUAAACUAUGGACCAGAUACAGUCAGCAUCACCCCUCCCAACCCUGCGAAGUUCCUCAGAUCCAAAUCUAACUUCAACCUGUCCUGUUCAGCCGUCUCCAUCCCGCCCGCCACCUUCAACUGGUACCAGGGCCAGCAGAAGAUGGAGGUCUCGGGUUCCCUCCUGACUCUGGAAAUGAUUGAAAAACACAGCUUAGAUUUAGAAGUGAAAGAAUACACAUGCAGGGCCACAAACGCCAAGACCCAACGCGUCGUCCCUUCUCCUGCCGUUUCCUUUGCUGUGAUGGAGGCCAUCUCAGGUGCUAAAGUCAGCGGUCCGAUUGCUGUCCUCAUCGCCGGCAACAGCACGGCCAACCUGAGCUGUAAGGCGACGGCCGGCACCGUAAAGACCACCAGCUGGCAGAAAGACGGCAAGACUCUGUCUGCUGGCGGCCGCCUCGUGUUCUCCACCGACAUGAGCUCCAUAAUGAUCAACCCGCUGCAGAAAGAGGACAAUGGAGAGUACAUGUGCCAGCUCAUCAACCCGGUCAACACCGACAAAGCCUCCUACAAAAUGCUGGUCAACUACGGUCCUGAAUCAGCGAUGGUGAAAGGUGAAACAUCCGUAGAGGAGAACGACAAUGUGGUGCUCACCUGCUCUGCUGCGUCCCUACCCCCCGCCAACUUCACCUGGAAGUUCAACGGCACAAUGACCACUACCAAAACUGCCGAGUUUAAAAUCGAGAUGGCUCGUUACAAAAACAGCGGAACGUACAUGUGCGAGGCGCACAACCCUGUCACUGGCAAGACCACCACGUACACUCACACCAUGUCCGUAAGAGAGGAAGGAACAAGUGAAGGUCUCUCAGACGGAGCCAUCGCUGGAAUCGUCAUCGCCGUCCUUGUCGCUCUUGGUGCCGCCAUCGGUGUAAUCAUGUACUGCAGACAGAAAGUACCGGUCGAGUCACCGUACUAAGGAUGUUGCUGUACACUGCUGGAUGCCCGCCAAACAUCUGACCAUUUUGUUUCCCAUGAUCCAUGUCUCCAGCCGGGAGGAGCGUCCAGAUUUCCCAUCAUUUCUCUUUCUCACUCUCUCUCUGGCUGACGAGAACAAUGGAAACUUACUUCAAUCUAAAUUAUGGAUUCUAUCAGUUUGGAUAUACGUUUUUUUUUACAUUUUUAAAAAUCUUUUUCCACUUUUACCUUCACGAUAAAGUUGUCCACCAUCACUGGAUCAUCAUCUCUUUCUGUUCUCCUCUUCCAUCUGGUGUUAACAAACGUCAUCCUUCACCUUUGGUGUCGCUCUCCGCUUCCUUUAGGAAGCUAACAACACAGAGAACUGUGCGACAGAGACGUGUGGACAAAAGCUGGUAGACUGACGUUACGAUGAGUGACUCUCUUUAUCCUGCAGGAAAUCUGAGGAGGAAGCUCACACACACAGGAAUACUAGAUGACUGUGAUCACAACACACACACACACACACACACACACACACACACACAGGCCACAUACGAAGACAUACAAGAUUCAGGGUUUAAUUGUACUUUUAAAUGUUGUGGUUUGAUUUAUCCCCCUCUCUGUGCCAGGUGUGUGGAGUUUCCUGAUAGGGGACUUCUUCAAGAGCAGGGUUAGGGUUUCAAAGUAAAGUUUAAGAUGCUUCUUUGUACUUGACAGCGUUAUUGUAGGACAGUUUGAUCCUAAAUACCUCAGUUUCUCUAGUGCUCACCAGAAGUCUUCCUAACACACCUGUCAAGCCCACUUUGUGACACACAUGUUGCCCGUUGAGAUUUAUCUUUUGUAACUCCAAAACGGUUUGAGCCUUUCCUCCUCUGUCCGGCUGCUUUCUUCUUUCUUUCACAUCUGCUAGCUAAUCAGAAACAUAAAUCAGGACAAUAUAUAUUUUUAAUUUUUCUAUUUUUAACUGGUUCCUGAAGGGGUUUUUUACUAAUAACAUAAAUAGAUCCUUAUCAAAAAAUGUGUGUUUUAAUUGUUGUACAUUCAAAUAUCAACAUCAGCUUACAUCAGGCUCUAAUGUCUGUACACAUGAAAACAAGUUACAAAAGAAAUAGAUACACACACUUCAUAAUCUUGACUGUGAUUCUGGGUUUCUUCCUCUCCUGCUUUACCUUCAUCCUCCCUUGUUUAUGAUCCAGGAUCCUCUUUAGUAUUUGUUUAAAAGCUUCUUCUGUGGAUACAUGAGAGUAGAAAGAGGCGGAGGUAAAUGUUUUAGGCGGUAUAGACAAGAUUCAACAUGCAGUGACGAGUCAGGGUGGUGAAGGUGAAGAAGACAGAAAACGGAAGGGAAGAAAAAAGGGUGGGAAGUUGUUUGUUGGCGGUCACAUACUUAGAGUUUGGAGGGAAAGUUUAGUGAGCUUCAGGGCGGUGCCACUGAUUAUUUUUUAAACCGCUUUUACCAUAAAUGGAUCAAAGUUAUUUUAUACAGCUGGGUUUCAUCUGAAAAUGUCAAAUCAAUCAAUCAAUCAAUGAAUUUUUUAUUUAUAUCACAAAUUAUACAUUUUCCUCAGGGGGCUUUACAAUCUGCAUGGCAUACGACCCCCUCUGUCCUUAGACCCUCGCAUCGCACAAGGAAAACCUACAAGAAAAUAAAACAUCUUUUGGGUUAUAUUAAGUUCUGCUUUUCGCCGAAUCACACAUCUUUUCUUGAGUAUUUUAUCAUCCAGAUGAUUUCUUCUGCGCUUCGAGCUGGUUGAUGAUUGUUUUGUUUUGUUUGUAUCGGUAGUGGUUGUGUGUGAUCUCAGACCUCAACAUGCACUGAUCUCCAGUGAGAUGAGUAUUUAUUUGGUAAAAAAAAACAAAAAAAACCGUAAUAACUGAAGCUGAAGGUCAUAGACGAUUUGUAGAUCACGUAUUCAAAAUCUCAAAGAUGUUCAAACUGAAUUUAAGAAGUCUUUAAAACAUUUAGUCAUUUUUAACAUAUUUAUUUUUCCAGUUUGGGAUAAUACACAGCACAGAAUUAUUAAUAACAAUACAUUUGUUGUCUUUAAUAAGACGUGUUUAUAUGUUUGAAAACGACACAAAAAGAAAACUGCCCUCACUGUAAAUAAUAGAGAUGGAUACACUGUAUACAAUUUGUUUCUUAUCAUGAUUUAUUUGUUUUAAAAAAAGCUUGUUUUGUUAAUGUUUACAGAAACUGUCUUGCCUCUUUGAAAUUCCUGUAACAAUCUUAAAAUAAAUGUCCCCAAGGUGAAA